AUGGACUCGGAAUCCCCCAAGCGCGGAGCUGGUAGCCCAGAUCCGCCUCGAAGUAAGAAACGGGCCAAGUACACGCAGGUCGCCUGCAAUGAGUGCAAGCGACGAAAGUUGAAAUGUAGCGGCGAACGUGUCUGCGUGCGCUGUGCCCGCGACAAUGUGUCCUGUGUCUACGUCCCCAACGCGCACUCGUUCACCCUCAGGACACCGACGUCUCCUGAGGCGCAGCAAAGAGAUGAUGGGUUAUCAUCUCGACUUAGCACGGUUGAUCAUCAGAUCGAAACCCUGCAGCGCGAGAUGCGAGCCAUGGCAAGUCGCCUGCGACAGCUGGAAUCUGCCUCCCCGGCUAUGGCAAGGAACACUCCCACCGCCGUGUCAACUGGGUCCUCGAUAUCGAUGAACGCGGGACUCCAUCGCAUCAUGAACCGUCCCCAGUCGCCAUCCUUUGUCGGACCAACGAGUGCGGAAUUCGGGCUCACGGCGCGGCAGAGGGCAUCGGAGGAGAUGGACGGGGACAGCGGCGACGAUCUUGUUUCAAUCGUCGUGCAGAGCCCCGCUCCGGCACCGGAAGAGCAGAUUAGUCCGGAUGAUCCGCUGGGGGGCCUGGGACGCGCUGAGGCGCUGCGUCUAGUAACCGUGUAUGAGAAUAUGGUAGGGUUGAUGUACCCCUGCGUCGACCUUGAUAGUGUCCGUGGGUAUAUCGCGGAUUUCUUCCGUCAUAAGGACCAGCCUGGGCCCAGUCCGCUGGCGACGACGGAUCAGGACUGGUUCUUUGCGAGGGAUGUCGAGGUCUUGAAGAUCCUCCUUGCGACAGCGUUGCUGGUGGAGUCGCAUGGGCGUAGUGAGAGGGCGGCGCUGCUAGCGGAUAGCGUGGAGGGUCAGUUUGCGACGAGAGUGAACAUCCCCGAGGUGGAUAUGAAGGAGCUGCUCAUUUUGACUCUGCUGUCCAUUUUCCAUUCCUACCGCGACGACGAGGUCAUCUCCUGGCGUCUGAUCGGCAUGGCUGUACGAGGAUCCAUGCAGUUAGGCCUGCACUGCCAGGAGACCUGGCAGAAAACCGGCGGUGUCUUCCCCGGCGAACUCCAAUGUGAAUGGGCCAGCCGGCUCUUCUGGUGUAUCUACGUCCUGGACCGGAAGUGGUCCUUCGGCACAGGACUCCCCUUUGCCAUCCAGGACUCGGACAUGGACACUAACCUGCCUGAGCCCGGCACGGCCACACCAUACCUCACCUGCAUGAUCAACUACGCGCGCCUCAGCACCAAGAUCUGGGGGCUUGUUGUGGGCUGGCGCAGCCGGCCGCGCGCCGCAACUGCAGACUACUGCUCCUACCUCGACUUCCAGGUCCAGCAAUGGAUCCAGUCCAUCCCGCCGGAGCUGCGCUUCGAUCUGCCUCAGCACCCCAGCGACCCGGCGCACUCCCAGCCCGACAGCAUGAUGAUGCUACAGGUCCUGCUCGCCCUCCAGGCAAAUCAACUUCGCAUCCUCGUAUACCGCCAGAACCUGCUCAGCAGCGAGAGCAUCGAAGCAAACGUCCCGGGGGCCUCGACCGCCGUAGAAACCGCAAAGAGCACCGUGCACAUGCUCGACUACUUCUCCCGCGUCUCGGAUCUGUACUUCCAGCGCCCGGAGCCGUUUAAUUACUUUCUAAUCUCGGCACUCGCCGCACUAUUCCUCGCUGUUCUGCAUGCCCCCGGACGGUUUAGCCAGGUCGUUCGGCCGGAAUUCUACGCCGCCGUGGAUAUGGUGCGGCGGUCGUCGACACGCGCGCGUACCUCCCGCCGCCUGCAGAAAAUCAUCCGAAGCUUGAAGAUGAUUUGGAUGAAUCUGGGUGCGAGAUCGCCCCGCCCGUGCCGUCAGGGGCAGCACGGCCAGCGUCCUCUGCACGAGCAGCAGCAGAAGAGCGGUGGGUCUCGCCAUGCGGGAACCGCGGGGCUGUCUGUGGCUGGCUCUUCGAGAUCUCCGUACGCUCAGCGAGGGGUGUCAGGGAUACCCACACCGCAGCUUUCAGCGUCGGCGUCGGCGUCAGCGCCUGCAUCCGCGCAUUUCCGUAUAGCAACCACCGCGGCCGCCGGCCCGAUAGAUGACACCAGCUGCGAGGAUUUGACUAGCUUUUUCGAGAUGGCGGGCGGGUUCUAUUUCGAUUCGCGGAUGGGGAACGGGGUUACUACACAUAAUGAAGGGCUCGUACCCGAGGCAGGGGUUGAAGGGUUCGAUGCUUUCCAGGCAGAGGAUGAAGCGCUCACAAGAGUGAUGGCCGGGUUGCUAUAA